AUGUCUACCAGAUCUGGCAAGAGAUACUAUCGACGUGAAGGCCUUGGAAGACGAGGUUCAAGUCAAACCAAUUCGCACCCUGCGCGGCAAACGCUUAAGGAGCAAAAUGCAGCUACGGAGGCAGUGGACACUGCAAUUACUACUAAGAAGCAGGUCAGAUCAACACGACGCACUAAAAAGUUCUCCGAAACUGCCGCAGAAGAUUUUCCGGAGGUUCCUGUGAACGAGGAACCCGUUGAAGUAGCUUCUGUCACUAAUACUAAGACUAAAGGCAAGAAAAACAAGAAGAAAUCCAAGAAAGAACAACCUGAAGUAAAUGAUAAAGAAAAUGAAGCUAAAGCAGGGAAAAAGAAAAAGAAUAAAAAGAAAAAGAGUUCACAAUCCACUAACUCCUCAAUAGUCACCCUCGACAAAUCUGAUGACAAUUCAAAAAUCAACAUCACUGAUGAUGACUCCAAAACUGAAAACAUUCUGAACACUACACCUGUCUUGAUAGAGAGCUCAAUGGAGGAAUCAAGAGUAAGUGUUCUAGAAAGUUCACUAAAAGAAAACAAAACUCCAGAAACCAAACCAAAAUCAAACAAGAGACAGACUUUGCCUGCAGCAGGCUGCACGCCUUACCAUUCCGACAGGAAGGGAUCACAGAGAAAGAGAAUCUUAAACCAGACACAUUCCAUUGAGAAGCCGAAUCGCCGGUCGUCCCUCGCGGAGAUGCCCUCUAGGACUACGCACGUAAUGUUCUGCAGCCCUGUGAACAACCCGGGUGUGGCCACGCAGAGGAAGAGCAAGAUCAUCAAGUCUAACCUGAAGGGUUCCAAUAAGAGCUUUGUUUUUGAAGAAAGUGACUCCAUAGUGUGGUCAGUGGCGCCCCGGGCGGGCCGCAAGCGCUCGCUGACGCACGCGGGCGCGGGCGCGGAGCCGGCCAGCGCCAAGCGCACGCGCCUCGACUCCCAGCGCGCUCUGCCCGCGGCCCGGGCGCGCACCACUAGCGCAAUGGCAAAACUAUCAAACGCAGCAACGCCAUCAAAGGCCGCCACACCGAAAUCAGAAGUAAAGGCCACGAAGUUGCCCAACUUCGCCGCCCUGCACGCGCGGCGCUUCGAGCGCAUGGAGUCGCUCUACGAGUGCCAGCAGAGGAAGGCCAAGCGGGCGAAGCAGCUGCUCGUGCCUACUGGAAGUGUGGCUGUACUUGAGAGAAGUAGCCCUAGAAUGACCCUGGAGCCCGCCACCCCCGCGCCCGUCGCCAGCAAGCCGUCCACGCUGCCGACGCUGGACACCCUCCAGCGCGGGUACAACAGGUUUGGCUUCAAGAUGAACAUAGAUCUCAACCCCUUCAGUGUCUCGAAACCUGACAAACCGAAGGAAAAACCUAACGGCGUCAAACCUAACGGUCUCAAAGACCUCAAACUCGUCAAGCCGGUCUUCAAACGAGAGGUCACCCAACCGUCUCUGGCGGGCACGACGUCGCUCCGCCGGGCCGUUGCCAAGCAGACCAUCAUGCGGGAGAAGUCCUUCAAUCUGGCCGAGAAACGCAGCGCGACGAGGAAGGAGGUGCGCACCGUCAUCAAGGGCGUGCGCACCAACCGCCGCUUCGAGCUGCAGAUGCAGUCCCGGAACCUGAACGGGUGAUACACCGACGUGCCUUUUCGUUUACUUAUGUGUAGAGUGACAUCGCUAAAUCGAUGUAGGAUGUGAACACCGAUGUAGGAUUCUUGUAUGCUAUAAUAUCAUUUUCUCUAUCUCACACGGUUUGCCAUAACGCCCAUAACUAAAAAUAAUUCUGUUGAAUCUCAUUGAAUAUUUCUACCUUACAUUUUAUGUUAUGUAUCUACUGAAACAGGAUUUAAUACUAUUUAAGCGUCACUUUUUUACAGUAAAAAAAGAUAAGUAGGUAAAUCUGAUUUAGUACAAAACGAAUUGAAAAUGAGGUCAUUUUGACCAAAAUGUUUAUUCUGGUAAACUAUACAGUUGCAAUAAUUGCAAAUGAAAUGA